GUGCCGGGCCAUUCACAAAGCGCAGCACUUCUCGUGCAUGCGCAGUCCACAGUCUCUUGGUCAUCCCCUGUACUGUCUGCAGUCUUUGGUCAACUGUACUAUGUCUGCAGUCCCUGGCAUUUUCCCUGUACUGUACUAUGUUCACAGUCUCUGGUCAUCUGUACUAUGUCCGCAGACUCUGGUGAUCUCCUGUACUAUGUCUGCAGUCUCUGGUCAUCCCUUGUACUGUAGUCUCUGGUCAUCCCCUGUACUGUCCGCAGUCUCUGGUCAUCCCCUG